GCACUGCACUAAAAUUCGCAUGUCAAAUAAUGACAAAGCAUACACGCUGCUUUUAACUUAUGUAAUAACUCAUUUUCACUGGGUAUGCUUAGCGAAUAAAUGAUUUGUUUCUUUCUUUCUAUUGUACUAAUACUAAAUACACACAUACACUCUAACCCAGAUAAGCCUACUGUCCUAUAUUUAGGACAGUAGAAAUAAAAAAAAAAUCAGAAUACCCUCUUUAUCUAAGAUUAUUUAGUCUUAUGAUUUGCAGUAAGAAACGUGUCAGCUUUAUUAGAAAAAAUAAAAAGACAGUUAUUUUAACAGUUUUUACCUUAUAUUUUACCAUAAAAGUGUGUAAUAAAAGUGCGUUGCAGACAUGGCAAAUGACAGACCGUUAGCUGCGCAUGAAAUUUUAGAUGCUUUAGAAAAUGUUUCUGAUAAUGAAGAAGAUUAUAGAGAACGACUGAUAUGUAUUCUACCUCCUCCUGUUGAUCCUGACUGUCUCACUGACGAAGAUUCGGGUGAAGAAGAUAAUGUAACUUUGAAUAAUUUGCCACGAAACAUUCUGCUUCAACCGGCUGAAGUAAUGAUUCAAGGGCAGAUUAUGGUGAGUGAUACAGAAGAAGAACCUUCUGAUUCUACAGGUCGAACUAAACGUAGGCGUACCUACGCAUGGAGAAAACGGGACUUGGCAAAAAAUCCCGUGAAUUGGCCAGAUGUUCAAGGCGCUUGCCAAGAUAAGCGCCCAAUUGAGUGGUUUGAAAACUUCUUAGAUGAAGAUGUUAUUUCGUUGUUGGUGUCAGAGAGCAAUAAAUAUGCUGUCAAAAAGAAUUUGCCUGGAGACAUAACCACUGAAGAUAUGAAAUGUUUCAUCGGCAUAUUGUUGGUUAGUGGUUAUUCAUGGCUCCCCCGUAGAAGAAUGUAUUGGGAAAACUCCCCUGAUACAAAGAAUGAAUUGAUCAGCUCGGCUAUGACUAGGGAUAGAUUUGACUUUAUUUUUCGCCACCUUCAUGUCAAUGAUAAUCUGGAUUUGCAAGACAAAUACACAAAAGUACGCCCCCUAGUUACACUUCUAAAUAAAAAGUUCUUAGAGUUUUCUCCUCUUGAAGAGCAUUACGGUGUAGAUGAGGCCAUGAUCCCCUACUAUGGUAGACAUGGCUGCAAACAGCACAUAAAAGGUAAACCUAUUAGGUACGGGUUCAAAGCUUGGGUUGGUGCUACACGGUUAGGGUAUGUUUUAUGGAUGGAACCAUACCAAGGUGCUACAACUAUGUGCAAUCCAAUAUAUAAAGAAUUGGGGCUGGGUGCAAGCGUUGUUCUCACUUUUUGCGAUGUGCUGAUUUCACGUGGCUUCGACCUUCCUUACCACGUAGCUUUUGAUAAUUUUUUUACUGGGACGCCCUUGCUGGAAGAGAUAACAAAGAAAGGCCUUCGUUGCACUGGGACAGUUCGAGAAAACAGGACAUCUAGUUGUCCUCUGAUUACAUCGAAGUUACUGAAAAAAAAGGAACGUGGUGCUGUCGAUUACAGAACGACACAUGACAACACGUUCAUUAUUGCUAAAUGGCAUGACAAUAAUAUAUUCAGUAUUGCUUCUAAUGCUGUAGGAAUAAAUCCUAAACAAUCUGCCAAACGCUUCUCACAAAGUGAAAAGAGAAACAUUGUCAUAGAAGAACCACAUAUGGUGUCCAUCUAUAACAAAUAUAUGGGAGGAGUGGAUCGGUCUGAUGAAAAUAUUUCACAUUACCGAAUUGGUAUACGAGGUAAGAAAUGGUACAUGCCGUUGCUCACACACAUGAUUGAUCUUGCCGAACAUAAUGCAUGGCAGUUAUAUAAAAUAAAUCAUGGAAAACUGGAUCAUCUUGGCUUUCGCAGAAGGGUAGCAAUUGCUUUGAUUGAAUCAAACAGAAAAAAUGCCAAAAGAGGGCCUAGCCGACCCUCCCAUCAUGAACAUGCUGAUAGUCGUAAAGACCAAAUGAAUCAUCUGGUUAUUCCUCAAUCGAAGCAAACACACUGUCGUCAAUGUCACAAAAAAUGUUUGACACGUUGCAAGAAAUGUGAUGUUGGAGUGUGUGUCAAGUGUUUUGAAACAUAUCAUUCAUAAAUAGUGUUAAUCUAGUAAAUUACAUAUAACAAUGGGUAAUAUAAUCAAUAGUUAUCUAAUAAACUACACUUUUUGAUUACAUUCUGUUUUGUCAUAAA